AUGCGAUUUUACCAUGCAUCAAACAAGAAAGCGCCUAGUGUCGUUGUCGCCCCAGAUGGCGUUCAUAGUCGACAAAAGAAGGCCAUUCUCAGAGCGUUCUCGGAGUCGGCCCUGCAGGCUCAUGAGCGUCUUUUACGACCCUUUGUCGAUAUCUCUGUUGGAAGGCUGGGACAGAUCAGUGUAAAGAAACAACAUGAGUUCGUGGAUCUGACAGAAUGGUAUAACCACGUCAUGUUCGACUUCAUGAGCCUCGAAUUGUUUGGUGAAUCACUAGGCUGUCUUGAGAACGAAACAAACCAUGCCUGGGUGGAUAUUUUAUUCAGCUCAAUAAAGGCGUGGGCGGUGCUCAGCCAGGCAAAUAAGGUUCCAGCGAAAAGGGAGUCUGAGUUCGAGUCAGACCCCUCGACCUUCAGCGCUUAUAUGCGAGCCAGCAAAGACCCCAAAUCGACUCUCUCCCCAGAAGAAGUGUUAUCUAACCACAGCUUCAUGAUGAUGGCGGGAAGUGAAACCACCGCGACACUUCUAUCUGGCUGCACUUUCUUUCUUUUGAAACAUCCAACAGUCUACGAGAAAUGGUCGUGUCAAAUUCGUGAACGGUUUCCCUCAGCGUCAGAUAUAUCAUUCUCUUCACUAGCAGGCAUGGAGUUCUUACGAGCUGUGAUCAAGGAGACUUUACGGAUGUACCCGCCCUUGCCGCUAGGGAUGCCUCGUGUUGUGCCGAAUGGCGGCUCUAUCGUACUGGGACGGUUUGUUCCAGAGAAGACCUCUGUUGCUGUCGCUUCAUGGGCGACAUAUCAUUCAUCAUCUAAUUUCGUGGAGCCGAACACAUUUGCCCCCGAACGUUGGCUAGAUGAUAGUAAAGUCGACGGGAAUCACGACAUUGACUGUGCAAUGCAAGCCUUUUCAGUAGGCCCGCGGGCUUGCCCAGGAAAAAACUUGGCUUUUGCGGAGGCAAGCCUGAUUCUUGCCCUCUUAUUGUGGAAUUUUGAGCUCAAGUUAUCGCCCGACUGUUCGAACUGGGCAGAUCAACGUGCCUUUGUCAUAUGGGACAGGAAACCACUAUUAGUCAAGCUUACUCCUCGCUCUUGA